AAAAGGAAGCUCUUGUGCUGGUGUUUGGGAACAAGUAUUCUCACAACUACCACUCGGUCCGGGUUAUCCCAAGCAGGGUACAAGAACAAAACUUACUCGCUUUCGAUAAAUACGAAACCUCGUCAAACCAUAUAACAUUUGGAACGGAUCGGGUUCGGGUUCCUCUUGUCUCUGUCUAAAGCCCUAGCCGGUGCUCGAGUUGAGAGGAGUUACUAGCAGAAACGGUAUCCAAGAAGAAGAGAAGAAGAUGCCCGUACAAACAGGGGAGUUGGAGCCCGUGGAGCCACAAUCAUUGAAGAAGCUUAGUCUCAAAUCCCUAAAGCGAACUCUCGAUCUCUUUAGUCCUGUUCAUGGCCUCUUAGCUCCUCCCGAUCCUGAGAGUAAAAAAAUUCGCACGAGCCACAAGAUUAAUCUUGAGUACGGAGGAAUUAAAAGUUUGAGUCAAUCUGCACGCCAUGCUAAUUCGAGUGCAGCGAGUAGCGGAAAUCAACAGUCAGGAUCUUCCAAUGUCCUUGCUCUGACUGGGCCGGAGGAUUCUAGAGAUCCCCAGAAAGCAGGCUCCCAAAAUGCUUUGGUUGUUGGUCCAUCUGUGCAAACAAAGGGCCCAAAUAAUAUUGGUCUUCAAGGGAAAGGCACUAUGGUUGUUUCUACGUCUGGAUCGUCUGAAAGGAAUUAUUCGACCUCUGCAUUAAUUGAAAGAAUGCCUAGCAAAUGGCCACGGCCUGUAUGGCAUCCUCCAUGGAAGUGCUACAGGGUCAUUAGUGGCCAUUUGGGAUGGGUAAGGUCCAUUGCAUUUGAUCCUAGUAAUACAUGGUUUUGCACUGGCUCUGCAGAUCGCACAAUUAAGAUAUGGGAUGUUGCAAAAGGAACAUUGAAGCUCACACUAACUGGACAUAUAGAGCAAAUUCGAGGCCUUGCCGUCAGCCAAAAACAUACCUAUAUGUUCUCUGCUGGUGAUGACAAACAAGUUAAGUGCUGGGACCUUGAGCAAAAUAAGGUUAUACGGUCUUAUCAUGGUCAUUUAAGUGGUGUCUACUGCUUGGGUCUUCACCCAACCAUCGAUAUAUUGCUUACAGGGGGACGCGAUUCUGUCUGUCGGGUUUGGGAUAUUCGCACAAAGAUGCAAAUUUUUGCUUUAUCUGGGCAUGAAAAUACAGUUUGCUCUGUUUUCACUCGACCAACGGAUCCACAGGUAGUUACUGGCUCCCACGACUCGACCAUUAAAUUCUGGGACCUUAGAUAUGGAAAAACAAUGUUAACUCUCACACAUCAUAAAAAAUCUGUGCGAGCGAUGGCAUCACAUCCUACAGAAAAUUGUUUUGCAUCUGCCUCAGCUGAAAAUAUAAAGAAGUUUAACCUUCCAAAGGGAGAGUUUUUACACAACAUGCUCUCACAGCAGAAAACUAUAAUUAAUGCAAUGGCUGUCAAUGAGGAUGGUGUGUUGGCUACAGGAGGUGACAAUGGAAGUUUGUGGUUCUGGGAUUGGAACAGUGGUCACAAUUUUCAGCAGGACCAAACAAUUGUGCAGCCUGGCUCAUUGGAGAGUGAAGCCGGUAUCUAUGCUCUCUCCUAUGAUGUUACUGGUUCUAGGCUUGUUACAUGUGAAGCUGACAAGACAAUCAAAAUGUGGAAGGAAGAUGAAACUGCCACACCAGAAACCCAUCCUCUCAACUUUAAGCCGCCAAAAGACAUUCGGCGCUUCUAGUUUCAUCAGCGUAUCUGGCUGCUUUUGUGGGGGUGUAACACUGUUUGGUUAUGUUCUAGCAUCUUGUAAAAUUAAUUUAGCAAUAUCAUUUAGUUCACUCUCCAAUGAAGCCAAAUUUUGCUUGCUUCUGUGUGGGAAAAGAAGAGAGCCCAGAUGCAAAAUUGCCCAAGCUAGAUAGAGUUGGAGAAGAAAAAAAUUUUAGCAUCUUCUGAACACCAUGGAAAACAACCUGACCCUAGUCUGGUUUUAUUCCCUUUCCUGGUAAUGAAAAUUUCAGAGGGUUGAAUUAGUCCUGUUUUGAAUUUUGCAAUAUGUUCUUAGACUAUUACAGUUUGAGUUAUUUAACUGGGAAAUAUUGCAUUUUUUGAUA